AUGGCAGCACCUUCACAGGACAUUCCCAAGUCCGUCUUGAUCUUGGGCUCGGGAGUCUUUGGCCUGAGUACAGCAUACAGCCUGACGCAGAAUCCCAAGUUCGCCAAUACAUCAAUAACACUCGUCGACCGUAGUGCUUUCCCUGCUCCCGAUGGUGCAAGCAUAGACAGCAGUCGCAUUGUCCGCCCCGACUACGCGGACCUCCCCUACGCCCGUCUCGCCAUCGAAGCCCAGGCACGCUGGAGAAACGAGUGGUGGGGUCAACAGGAUGUAUACCAUGAACCUGGCCUCGCAGUCGUGGUCAACAAGGACGAAUCCGACAAUGGCAACGGCGACCUGGGAAGAAAAUACAUGAGAGACAGCAUGGCCAACGUUGAGCGUUGUGGACUGAAGCCAGGAAAGAAGAGCGAGGGUGGUGAAAUCGAAGCCAUGGAGACACAAGGGGAUAUCAGGAAUAUCUUCAGAGACUACACAAACGCUGCACAAGAGACGGCUGCUGCGGCCGCUGCAGCGACAGGCAAGGGUGGAUCUUCAGUGGGCGAUUUUGGUUACGUGAACUGGAGGUCUGGAUGGGCGGACGCUGAGAAGGGCAUGCGUGUGCUGCGUGCAAAGGUCGAGGAGACGAAUCGCGUACACUUCCUACAUGCCUCAAUCUCUCGCUUGCAAUUCAGCAACGAUGCAGUGACCGGUUGUGAGACAGACGACGGAAGAGUGUUGACCGCAGAUCUUGUCGUUCUCGCCGCCGGGGCCUGGACACCUGCCCUAUUGGAUCUUCGCGGCCGCUGCAGUGCGACUGGCCAGAUCAUUUCCUACAUCAAGAUCAGCGACGCCGAACAAAAAGCACUUGGCGGAAGACCGACGCUCUUGAACGAGAGCAGUGGACUCUUCAUCAUCCCACCCGUCAACAACGUCCUCAAGAUCGCUCGUCACGGCUACGGCUACUGCAACCCCGUCAGCAUCCCCCACCCCGAAGACCCCUCGGCACCAAACAUCACUGUCUCCCUCCCACGCACCCACAUCUCCCACCCCGGUCUCGAGAUCCCCGACGAAGGCAAGAAAGCCCUCCGCUCCUUCCUCUCCGCCGUAUAUCCCUCCCUGGGCUCCCGCCCCUUCAUCUCCACACGCAUCUGCUGGUACACAGACACACCCCGCGGCGACUGGCUCCUCUCCUACCACCCCCAAUACAAGAACCUCUUUGUAGCCACCGGCGGCAGUGGCCACGCCUACAAGUUCCUACCCGUGAUUGGCGAUAAAAUCAUAGAUUGCCUGAUGGGCAACCCACCAGCAGAAUUCAAGGACAAAUGGGCCUGGCCCGAACGCGAUCUCGAGGACCAGGUGUGGACCAAGGAUUGGCGAGGUGGUGUAAAGGGCAUGGUGCUAGAAGACGAGUUGAGAAAGGGCGAGAACAAGGCUAGAUUGUAG